AUGAUGGUGGCAACAACUAGGGGUGGUACAAGUAAAUGGAGAAUUAGAGGCUUAGGAAGAUCAUCAUCUCAACCUCAACCUCUUACAUUACCUUCAAAUAUCAAAGGAAGUGCACCAAUUGGACCAAAUCAAAUGGCCCAACUUUCCCAGCCCAUCCCAGCCUCAAUCCGCCAUCGUGGUCGCCAAAAACCACCACGAAACAGGGCGGUUUGGAUAGUUUUUGACGGAAUUUCACAGAGCUCGUUUGGACCCCUCCGGCCACCGUUUCAUGCGAGUGAGUCAGUUUUGGGACCGCGAUUCCGGCCACUUCCGGCCACUUUUUGGGGUAGGUCCAAGAACUAA